AACCGGGUCAGUAUUGGAUUGCGAUUGACUUGGUUAUUGAGGUAUGAUUGCUAUGGUGAUGGUCGCUUCCGCUGAUGAAUUUGUGUCUGCGGAAGAUCAAAUAUAGAAUAUUUGGUUAAUUUUAUAACAAUUAGGGUGCGAAUGUCCUAGACCAGUUGUAACUACCCUUUGUACGUUACCGUUGUCACGCCUGCAAACUUGCAAGUGCUGGGUGGAGUCUGUCUGCUUGCGAUUGUUAGCUGCACCGCACGUGGAUUCAACACAGGGAUUCAUGCACCGGUAUCGGCGCUUGAACAGACGGCAGUCUCGAGGGCCUUUUGCUGCGAGACUUCUCCAUUUGAAAUACUAAUUCGCCGGUUUGUUAGCAUCUAGGGAAGACCAAGAAGUCGGUUGGCGACUGCAUUACGUAGUCUGUACUUGUCGAAGGUCUGAAAUUAGGUGCAGGUGCUUUCGAACGGAGGCGGCAGAGCAAUAAAGAGAGGCACCACAUCAUUGCUAAUCACUCAGCUUCUCUCAGCGAGGAAGGUCAGAGCUCGCACCGGUUAUGGCACUCCAAGACAAACAGAAACGGAGCAACGAUGUAUUGAUGGCUUCAGCACAAUCCAGCCGGCGAAGCAACUCGUUUCCUUAUAAGUACCAGUUUGCUGUUCUGGGAGCGUCUCGUGUUGGGAAGUCGGCCUUGGUGAGACGUUGGAUGACCCCAGAGACGUUUAUUGAAACUCACUACGAGACGGUGGACGAAAGCUACGAAAAAACGGUGCCUGUGGGCGUCGGCAACGCUCGCGUACAAAUACAUGUCGUGGACACCGGUGGGAGUCAUUCGUUUCCAGCCAUGAGGAGUCUUCUGGCUCGCGAUGCGGACGGUUUUCUGCUUGUUUUCGACACUCACGACAGGAAUUCGUUUACGAGAGUCAAAGAAAUAAGACAGGAAAUCGAGGAAAUGCGCCGGCUCUCCCGGAAACAGCACAGCGAAGCCGCAGCUGCCGGUACCAACAUUGUUUCUUCCCUACCCGCAGUGCUCGUAGCCAACAAAACAGAUGGCGAUGACACCGUCGACAGUCUGGCUUUGCGCCAAGAAGCGAAAGAGUUGGCGAGACAGCUGGGCAUUGGCUACGUCGAAACGUCGGCAAAGAAUAACAGAAACAUAACUGAAAUUUUUCGUUGUUUGAUAUUGCGGGUGCAGAACUCGUUUGCUCAUGACUUUGCCGCUAUGGGCACGAAGGCGAGGAAAAAUAAGACGGUUACGAAAAGGUUGUGGAGGUCAAUUCGCGUAGUCUUCACAUUACCACGAAUUUCUCCAAGAACAAUGAGAAAGUAGAUUUAAUUAUGAACUUUACAAUUGUAUGAAGGCAUAUGUAUAUAUGCAUGACGGCUGUGCUGUCAUACGUAAUUGCCAUACAGUAUGAUUGUUUGGUUUACGUAGUAAGCCGGGAACUAGAAAUUUACUUGUGAGCAAGU